AUGAGGCAACCGAACGAAGACAAAUGUCCGAUUGACCCCUACUACAUCGUACACGAGAAGUGCCAGUUCGUGGACCAACAAAUUAUCAAACUCCAAGAAGCCCCAGAUCAGGUUCCGGUGGGAGAAUUACCACGACAUAUUUUGAUUUCCGCAGAUAGAUACCUUGCCAAUCGAGUGGUUCCUGGUACACGAUGUACGAUCAUGGGUGUUUUCUCGAUUUACCAAGCGAAAGGGGGCAAGAAAUCCAACGAUUCAGCACCAGCUAUACGAAAUCCGUAUCUUCGAGCAGUCGGUAUCACGAGUGACGUUGAUCAGACUGCCAAGGGGGCCGGUGUAUUUACUGAAGAGGAAGAGCAAGAGUUUCUGGAAAUGAGCAGACGGCCUGAUUUAUAUGAAGUAUUCACCGAUUGUAUCGCACCGUCAAUUUAUGGGAAUCGAGAUAUCAAAAAGGCGAUCGCAUGUCUACUCAUGGGCGGUUCAAAAAAGAUACUCCCCGAUGGUAUGAAGCUACGUGGUGAUAUCAAUGUUCUCCUUCUUGGUGACCCAGGUACGGCCAAAUCACAGCUGUUGAAGUUCGUCGAGAGAGUGUCGCCAAUUGCCAUUUACACAUCCGGCAAAGGAUCCUCAGCCGCUGGUCUUACUGCAUCGGUACAGCGUGAUGCCACUACUCGCGAGUUUUAUCUAGAAGGCGGUGCGAUGGUGCUCGCUGAUGGAGGUGUUGUUUGCAUUGAUGAGUUCGACAAGAUGAGAGACGAAGAUAGAGUUGCGAUACACGAAGCGAUGGAGCAGCAGACGAUAUCCAUUGCCAAAGCAGGAAUCACGACCAUCUUGAACGCUAGGACGUCAGUCCUGGCUGCAGCCAACCCCGUGUUUGGGCGAUAUGACGACAUGAAGACAGCUGGGGAGAACAUUGACUUCCAGACUACCAUCCUCUCUCGAUUUGAUAUGAUUUUCAUUGUGCGUGACGCACACGAGAGAGGGCGAGACCAGACCAUGGCCAAACAUAUUAUUAGCAUCCACCAGGGAGGGCGGGGGAUUGAGGAGCAAGCCGAGGCAGAAAUACCAAUUGAAAAGAUGAAGAGGUACAUCAGUUACUGUAAAUCGUAA